AUGGCGACGAAUUCGCAAGCGCAGGCGCUGCGGUCCAUCCUUUCUACCCCUCCCCCGCCUCCUGCUCCACCCUCCUCCGCCGCUGUCUCUGUCAGUGCCUCUCCACAGGAACACUACCGCUCAGGCGCCACCCCACAUUCAGCAUUCAAGCGCUCGCAGUCGCCCGACUCGCCUUCUGUGGCUUCCUCUUAUUCUCCGGCUACUGUUCCGCCGCCGAAAGGUGUCAAGCGGUCUCGAAAGGCAAGCGAGCGACAGCGUGUCAGUCGUGCAUGCGACAACUGCAAACAAAAAAAGACACGCUGCAGUGGCAACAUGCCGUGCUUUCGAUGCGUUGGUCUCGCGAUCCCAUGCGAGUUCACGGCAGAGUACCACCGCGGCCGGCCACCUGCGCCCGAGGCCAGCGGUUUGGAUAUUCCAGCUGCUGCAUACAAGAACGCCGCUGUUGCAAAAGCUGCUCGAUCUGCUGACCGACCACGCACUCCCAAGGAGGCGGCCGAGCAAAUGACGACAGCGACAUUGACAUCUACACGCAACUCGCCCGAGCCGCCACAGACUGAUGUGCUAGGGCAGUACGUGGGUUCGUCAUCCGGGAUUGCAUUUUUGAAUCGCGUGCAGCGACGGCUGCACGAUAUGGACUGUCCCAACACGAGUUCGUCGAUUCUAACGUUUGGCGAUCCCGAGCUUCCGGACUACAACUCUGGGUGCUUUAUUCUGCCGCCAAAGACGGAAGCAAAGAAGAUGAUUGAUUUUUAUUUUUCGUACGCGAUGCCUACGUACCGAUUUUUGCAUCAGCCGACGGUGAACGAGUGGUUUGAGGAAUUCUACGAAUCGUUUGACAGUCUUGAGAUGAAGGAGGGGAUGCGGGAGCGGAAUGCGAUUGUGAUAAUGUUGAUGGCACAGGCGAGGAAGUAUCCGUCCGCGACGACGCGCAACAAUUCGAGUGGGAGUAGCAAUUACGUCGACAACAGCUCGCUGUACUUCCACGCGGCCGAGAGGCAAUUGAAGAUGGAGACGGGACGACCGCGGCUAAGCAGUGUGCAGGCGCGGUUAUGUCAGUGCUUUUAUCUGUUGAGUUGCUCGCGGAUCAAUCACUGCCGAAGUCUGUUUGGGACGACCGCGCAUCUGAUUCAAGCGCUGGGGCUGCAUCGGCGGCAGAAGCAGCUGGCGAGUCCGGUGAACGUCGAUUAUAUUGAGCAGGAGAGUCGGAAGCGGGUGUUUUGGAGUGCGUACAGUUUGGAUAAAUAUUUGAGUGCGGUUUUGGGACGGCCGAGCAUUUUUCACGACAAUGAUAUUGAUCAGGAGUUGCCGUCGCUGGUGAACGACGCGGAUCUGAGUGCGAAGGAGAUACGGCUGGAGAACUACAGGACGGUGAAUUGUAUAAUGCUUGCGCCGGUGUUGCACGCGAAGCUUGUACGGCUGCUGUCGGGGAUUCUGAGAGAUAUCUACAGUAUUCACCGGAUCAGCCAUGCGCGGAAGAUAGGACUGUGCAAGCAGUACACGAGUGAUUUGAAGGCGUGGUAUGCGACGCUUCCGGCGUUUCUUGAUCCGAAGAGGGUGCAGCCAUCGCUGCUGAUGACGUUGCUGCAACGGCAGAGUCGGAUGCUGUCGCUUGCGUACGCGCACUCGCUUAUUUUGGUGAACCGGCCGUUUCUGCUGACGAGUUUUGCGUCGCUGACGCCGGGGAAGUAUGGGUAUGCGGAGCGGGAGGCGGACGAUGGGGACCACGAGGCGGGGAUCCAGGAGUGUUUAUCAGCGGCGAUGAUUGCGGUAGCGAUUAUUGAUGAUUUGUCUGAGAGUCAGGAAGUGUUUUCGGCGCUGUGGUUUACGCAGUACGUGGCGUUUUGUUCGGUAGUGGUGCUUUAUGUGUAUACGAUUCGAAGCCGGGCGGAAGGAGGAGAGAGUUGGCAGGAGUAUCUUGAGGCCGCGCAAAAGUGUCAGAGACAGAUCUCGAGUGCGGCGAAGGAGAACUCGCUGGCGCAGAGGUAUAGUAUUAUUUUGGAGGAGUUGAGGGUGGAGGCAGUGCGAGAACGGGAGGCAUCGGGGAGCGCACCGGCGGGAGCUGAGCCGCCGCCGCCGCAGCAGCAGCAGAUACAGUCGCAGCAAGGGCAGGCGGUGCAGCAGCAUGAAAUUAUUGAGCAGCAGCAAGAGCAUGGAAGAGGGGUUGGAAUGAAUGAAAAUGAGGCCUUUGGGGGUAUAGGGGUGGGUCGGCCGCAGAUGGAGGUGCAGAGUCAUUCUACGGAGCUACUUGGGCUGCAGCCCAAUCCGCGGAAUCCACAAGUAUCAGGGAGUGCGAGCACGCAGGUGAUGUCGCAUGAGGAGAUGCUGAAGGUGGAGGAUAGCGAGAUGGGGAUGUAUCCGAGCCAGUUGAUUGAGGAUCUGACGAGCUGGGAGAAUUUCGAUACCCUGGUGAUGGAUUUUUUGGGGACGAAUAUGCCGUUUGAGCAGCAGCAGCAGCAGUCAUUUGUCUGA